AUGCCUCCCCGACUGAUGGCGCUGCCUAUGCAGCUGCAACAAUUUGUUGCUCGGCCCUUCCAGCAGGCCUCACCAUUGGCCUUCCUCGCCCCAGUAUUCCAGCAAUCACGCAACGCCUCUAUCCUCUCUUCUCUCUCCGAUAAUUCUUCCGCUUACCACAAGCGCAUUCGUCGUGGUCGUGGACCUGCUUCCGGCAAGGGUAAGACGUCUGGCCGUGGUCACAAGGGUCAAAAGCAGCACGGAAAGGUGCCGGCAGGUUUCAAUGGUGGUCAGACCCCCGACAUCGUCGUCCAUGGCGAGCGUGGAGCCAAGAAUCUCUUCGCCCUUGAAGUGGCUCCUGUCAACCUCGAGCGCAUCCAGGAAUGGAUUGACCAAGGCCGCAUUGACCCAGCCCGCCCGAUCACCAUCCGCGAGCUCUCCCACUCGCGCUGCAUCCACCAAGCCAAAGAUGGCGUCAAGGUCCUCGGCAACAACCCGGCCGCCCUCAAACAACCCAUCCACCUUGUCGUCUCGCGUGCUUCCGCAACUGCCAUCUCCGCCGUCGAAGCCGCCGGCGGCUCCGUGACCACCCGCUUCUACACCCGUACCGCCAUCAGUCACAUCCUCCGCAGAGAGUCGCACCCCUUCGUCUCGCUCGCCUGGUCGCCUGAGAGCAGCAGCCCCGCGCUGCUGGCCGCAUCGCCGGACGCCGGCACCACGUCCGAGGCCGACAUCAUGAAGGCCCAGGGCUGGAAGUAUCGGCUGCCAGAUCCGACGCGCCGUCGUGAUGUCGAGUACUACCGUGACCCGGCGCAUCGGGGUUACUUGGCUCACUUGCUGAAGCCGAACGAGGGCCCCAGUUUGUUCUUCCGCUCGCCGGAGGAGCGCAAGUCUGCGGCCGGUACGAAGAAGGAGAAGGUGCUGCCGGAGAACAGACUCUGGUAA